AACAUGAUCUAUCUUCGUCAAGUGGGUUGACAGAUUACAUGAUCUUCUGCUUUUCACCCCAUAUUCUGCAUGUUCCGUUGCAGAUGAUGAUAUUGAUGAUCAAGCUUCGAGAAAGUUCCGUGAUGAGCUCUUCAAGAGAACCCCAGGGAAGAACUUCCGUUACCUGAAUAGUUCUUCACAAGUACUUACGGUGAGUUGCGGGGACUGCGCUCGUACAGAGACGAGGAAAAAGGUGGGAGAGGUUCAAAAACACUUGCAGGCUCUAAGUGAUACUGAUGCCUUCCGUUUUUCUUCAGUCAACGAGGAAUUGCUCCGAGUGGAACAAGAAAUGAAAGCAAUAGCUAGGGCUUUUGCAAGCUGUGCACAUCCUCAACAAUCCGACUACCUCGGGCUUCAAUACUUGAACGACCCACGACAGUGCCGGAAGCCAAGGAAGUACACAGAAAGUGAAUCUGAGUGCCUAGGUGGUGGGUCAGAGCUUGUGGAUUGGUCUUCACCAGAUGCUCAGCCAAGAUCCUCUGAUUUGAUGUACGAGAACCCCCUGUGGUCAAAGGGGAUACUGUCCAAAUCUAAGAGUUGCGGAGAUCCACUAUCAGUUCAAAUGGCCGCCCGAUUGAUAGAAGCUGAAGUACCCAUCGACUAUGAGAAUGGUUACAAGGUUCAGUACAUUCCUGUUGAUAAACGCGGGCGAAUAGGGAUGCGAGAUAAACCCCCAGAAUGGUAUGAACGAAGCAGGUUGUAUAACUUGUCAUCUAUACAACAUGAAAGAUCCGAACCUUUAAAGAAUCCAAAGCCCUCUGCCUGUUCUUCUUCUUGCUGUUCUUCAUCUUCUUCUUGCAAAGAGCAAGAUGACGAGACUAGCAAGUUUCCCGGAGAUCUAGAGAAGCAAAAACAACGAGCUCUUACUUAUAAUAAAAACUAUGAAUCAUCCUCAAGCAAUUCGGGUUCAGAAUUUUUACAUCGCCGACAUCAAAGAAGAGUCAGUAAGGAAGCCAGACGUAUUCGAAAGAAAACUUUCGAAUCGGAAGACAGCGAUACCACAGACAGUACUUUGUUGUCAGAUGAUCCUAAUUCGAAUCUGGAUCUCUUCGUUGGAGAAGCUGAAGAACAGCUUGCGAGGUUGAAGCUUGCCAAGGUUCAAUUAGGAAACUUGUCCCAGGAGUGCCUCGCUGAAGUGAGAAAAUUCUACAAGGAACCUCUUUCGAAAAAAAGCGAGAGAACUGGAUCAGGUCCUUCUAAAAUCCAGAGUUGGACUGCUGAAUCGUUUUAUGGCGAAUCCGAUUACACAUUGGGUAGACCUGAGAAACGAGAAAUACGCAAGAGGUGCAAAUCGAUUCCCAAAGCAGUACCACUGAAAAAGUUGACAGCCCGCGAGAUUAAAGAAUUUCAUUUGCUGGAGAGAAGAGUUCAAAGAGAACUUGGAGCAGCAGGACGGAACACGAAACCUGCGAAGAAGUGUCUCAAACAGGAGGAAGGCGUGUUCGAAUGCUUGAAGGAUGUCGAUGACAACGUGCCAUGUGGUCAAGUUGGCAGCCAUGAUGACUACCACAAGAUUGGUCAUCAUACACCCUCGAGGGUAGAUCUGAAAGCAUUUCCAGGAAAAGAAUUGAGAGAUGGGAAGUCCUACCAAGGCGAACAACCGACCGGCCCAAUUUCAUCGGUGGUGAGAUUGUUCUUUGGGACCCAGAGCGAAGAGCCCCGUGCAGAUGAAGAAAGAACUGCGAACAAUCUUCAAGACGUCUAUCCAAUUAUUCGGAAGAAAGUGGAACACUUGGAAGCCGAAAUAGUGAAUUUCACGAAAGGGAACAGAAAGAUCAAGACCUUGCUGAAGGAACAAGAAGAUAAUGCAGCUCAACUCAAGCAGGAGAAGGCAGCCUGGGAGCAGCAAAAGGCUUCAGACAUGGAAGCUUUUCAGAAGUUUAAGGAGGCACAACUGAAUAUGCUACAAAAGGAACGGAGUAAACUGGAGCACCAGGCACGUGCCACAUCAUCGAAAACUGCGAAGAAGGACGAUCGAAGAGCACUUGAUGAACUGAGAGCUACACUGGCCCAGGAGCAAAAUGCUCACUUCAAAAAAGAACAGCAGUGGCGUCUAACGAGCAAUCGCCUUCGGAAUGCCAACAAAGACCUCCUCGAGCAGAUCCAGGAGCUUCGGAAAGAGAUAGGGCGACAUGAGGCGCAAAUCUUGUUACAGUUAGAUGCACGUGAAAGUGGAAGUGAUACCAGCGCCCAAAGUUCCCAAACAAAGGCUAGAGGAAUGAAACAAAGGGACACCAUCAAAUCAAGAUUCACUCAAGGCCUUCCGACAGCUGGAUCACAACUGGGAACUUCCACAGUCAUCGGUGAUGAUUCCAUGAUUUCAAGAGAUGCCAGAAAUAUAAAGCAGGUGAAAUCUCACAUUGCUAGUACAUGUGAUGAGGCAACUAUGAUGCUCGCCCAAAAAAUGAAGGAUCUAGAGGAAGACGUUGAAUCAUGGACCUAUUUUCACCCCGACUGACUAAAUUCUGGCUGGAAUCCCAAACUGAUUUGUCACGGAUGACCGUACUUACAAUUCACGAAUAACUGUAUCUCAAUAGAUCCACACUACUUGCAUCUAUAUAGCCUGACCCUCAACAGGCGAGAGUUGCCAAAUUUACCACACGAAGGUUCCCGCUCCCUAUGAUCAGAAUGGUAAUGCACUAUACAUGUACUAAGCACAUGUCGCUAUCAGCAGAGGUUAUGGACAUGUCCCGCAAAUUAGAAACUUGGACAGAGCAUAUCGUCACAAGUGAACAAAGGAAGUGGUUGUUUUAAUGAUCUGAGUUGUAGGUCGUACCUCUAGGGAAGAGUUGCGACUUUGCAAAUGUACGUAAUGCUUGAGCUCUUGUUACCCUCCUUUUUCCCGGAGUCAUGGCAUUCGCGUCCCCCAGUUUUGAGCUCUUUCAAUUCAAUCUCAGGUUCAGUGAACGACCUCUUCAAAGU